CCGAUCCGAUCUGGACGCGCAUGGCCGGCUGCGCAGAUUGAGUCUUGCCAAACAUGGCGACGAGCACAGUCGUGGGAACGUAUUGCCGGCAAGAAAAGCGUGCACGCAUCGGUGGGAUCGCCGUCGACCCUACCUGGAGAGAUCGGGCGGACCUGACGGCCGGGCCGGCAGGCCUGAUCGCCGAGCGCGUCCUAGCGAACGACGUCGCGGACUACCUCCGCUUCCGUGCGGUGUGCGGUGUGCCGCACCUGGCGGCGAUCCUCCACGUCCCUGCAUGCCCACGGCAGCCUGGACCGCCGGUUCCACCCCGGCAGUGGAUCAUGCUCCCACAGACCUUGGGCACCGUCCGAAGCGCCGCGACUUCCUGAACGUCUCGACCGGAGAGCGUAUUCAGGUGGACCUCCCGGAACUCUGCUAUCAGUACGUGUUCGGGGCCACCUCCGAUGGCGGCCUCAUCGUGCUAUGCGACAAGCGCACCUUCG